ACUUUGCUUCACCACAACGUUGGGUAGCCUACUAGCCUGUAAAGUAAUUGAAGAAAAGGAAAAUUCGAAAUUCAAGCAAAGAUAAAACAAGGGUUUUGAAUUUUAUGACCUUUAAUUUCAGUGAAAGAAAAAAAGUUUGUAAUUUGAUUGGGAGACAAAGAGGAAUUGGAGAACUUUGCUAUAGUGCGAGACAUUGGAAAGAGAGAGAAAGGGUGUCGUGUAGUUAAUACAGAGAGGUGCAGAUGCCUGACAUGAACACUUGUCCCUUAAUUUACUCCUUCCUCUGAGAACCCUUUUGCUGUUGUUUAGUAGAGAGAGACAGAGAGAGAGAAAGUUGGGUUUUUCAGAGCAGGAGGAGAGGUUCCAGAUGCUCUUUCGAUGGGGAAAAAUGGGGAGCAGAAUUUGGAAGGAAGAGGGGGUCUUGAGGCCGGGAAUCCAGAGCCUUCUAGAUUCUUCUGCGCGAGAUGUUCAAUGGUGGUGUCAAGGGUUUGGAAUGAGUUUAGUUUCAGAUGUGUUUUUGUGUUGAUUCUCAGUCUCUCCGUUUUGCUUUCCGGGAUCUUUUGGAUCUUUCCUGUUCGUACCUGGAAGUCAGGAUUUGAUGCUAAAGAAGCUAUUAAACAGAGUGCAACAGUUCAGGCAUACUUUAGACUUCCAAAUCCAGUUUCACAGCUUGUCCCUCACGUUAAGAGGUUAGAGUAUGAUAUAUAUGAAGAAGUAGGCCUUCCAAAUACUAAGGUGGUUAUCCUAUCAAUGCACCAGUCAAGUGCAUCUAACUGGACUAAUGUGGUGCUUGGUGUUCUUUCUGAUCCAAUAAAUGCUCCAAUGAACCAAGUCUCACUAAGUGUGUUGAGGUCAUCUUUAAUUGAGCUGUUCCUUCAGCGAUCCAAUCUGACUUUGACAGCAGCAAUUUUUGGACAGCCAUAUAAAUUUGAGAUUUUGAAGUUUCCUGGGGGAAUCACUGUAAUACCUGUUCUGUCUGCUUCCAUUUUGGAGAUUCCCCAGAUUCUGUUUAAUUUUACUCUCAAUAAUUCCAUCUCUGAAAUAGAUGAAAAGUUUCUCAAGUUAAAGAAUCAGCUGAAAUAUGGAUUGCGACUGACUGCAUAUGAGAAUAUUUUUAUGCAAAUAACAAACGAAAAUGGCUCCACAAUUUCACCUCCAGUCAUAGUUCAGGCAUCAAUCUUGUCAGAUAUGGGGAGCAUUUUGCCACAGAGAUUGAUACAGUUAGCUCAACUAAUCACAAACUCUGCUGCGGGGAAUCUUGGCCUCAAUAACUCUGAGUUUGGUAAAGUUAAUAGCAUCAUUCUAUCAUCUUACAUGAAGGGUACAAUUAAUGGCAACAUUCCCACUCCUUCACCAGCUCCUUCUCCAGGGCCAAUGAUUUCACCCUAUCCUGCCUUUUCUCCAGCAUCCUCACCUCAAAUUCAUCAUCAUUCUGAUGCUUCAUCAGCAAGCCCUAAUCACCAUUAUGCACCAAACCCUAAAAGUAGCCCUCACCAUUCUAUGCCUCCCAUUCGGAGUUCUGCAGCACCUUCAAGUGCUACUGCCGACCCCUCUUGUCCAUAUACUCAUUCCACAAUGCCUCCUAGAUCUUCACAAGACCAAAGAUCACCUGCAAUGGGUCCCCAAUCAGCAUUGGCCCCAGAUCUGCCACCUUUACCUGCAGUAUCGUAUGGGUCCCACCCAGGUGAGGAUACAGGGAGUCCAAAAGGCCCAGUUUCUCCAUGACUUGCUGCAUCUCCAUUGGCACAAUAUACAUCAUCUUUAGCAGUAGGCAUCCUCACCAAGGAAGUCUGGUUACUAGGAUUUCAUGGAAUGCUGAUCUUUCAUCUAAUUUGUUGGUUAUACUGAAAGUUCACUUUCCAUCAUACCGGCAUAGUUUUCAAGGCAUUCAAUAUACCGCAGCUUAACAAUGUCUGACACAAUUUUGUUCUUGGCAAGGAUGGUAGGGGCUCCAUCGACAUAAAUUUCAAGUUUCUUCUUUGGCAGAAAUGUCAAUUGGAUGUAGGAUGAACUACUGGUCAAAGCCACAAAGGUGGCGGGCUAAUCAUCUUACUUCCUAAUGUUUCUGAUGUCACAAGAAAACAGGGUAUUUUCU